GCACUCCCCGCGCCUCGCACACUCGCCCUGGUCGCUCGCGCGCAGCCCAGCGUCGCCCCGCGCCGCGCUCGCGCCUCCCUCCCUCCUCCUGUUCCGUGGCUCCCGCGCUCUCGGCGAGUCUCAGGCGCGCAGCGCGCGGACGGGCGCACCGACCCACCGGCUGCCCCCGGGACGCCUCGGCCCGCGCCUCCCGGGCGGGCUAUGUUGAUUGCCCCGCAGGGGCCGGCCCGCGGGAUCUGCACUGCCCGGUCCGCGGCCCCGGCGAGCAGCGGGGACUAUGAACCGGAAAGCGCGGCGCUGUCUGGGCCAUCUCUUUCUCAGCCUGGGCAUGGUCUACCUCCGGAUCGGUGGCUUCUCCUCAGUGGUAGCUCUGGGUGCGAGCAUCAUCUGUAACAAGAUCCCAGGCCUGGCUCCCAGACAGCGGGCGAUCUGCCAAAGCCGGCCCGACGCCAUCAUCGUCAUAGGAGAAGGCUCGCAAAUGGGCCUGGACGAGUGUCAGUUUCAGUUCCGCAACGGCCGUUGGAACUGCUCGGCGCUGGGCGAGCGCACUGUCUUCGGGAAGGAGCUCAAAGUGGGGAGCCGGGAGGCUGCCUUUACGUAUGCCAUCAUCGCAGCUGGCGUGGCCCAUGCCAUCACGGCUGCCUGUACCCAGGGCAACCUGAGCGACUGCGGCUGCGACAAGGAGAAGCAAGGCCAGUACCACCGGGAUGAGGGCUGGAAGUGGGGUGGCUGCUCUGCUGACAUCCGCUACGGCAUCGGCUUCGCCAAGGUCUUUGUGGAUGCCCGAGAGAUCAAGCAGAAUGCCCGCACUCUCAUGAACUUGCACAAUAAUGAGGCGGGCCGCAAGAUCCUGGAGGAGAACAUGAAGCUGGAGUGUAAGUGCCAUGGAGUGUCGGGCUCGUGCACCACCAAGACCUGCUGGACCACGCUGCCCCAGUUCCGAGAGUUGGGCUAUGUGCUCAAAGACAAGUACAACGAGGCUGUGCAUGUGGAGCCGGUGCGUGCCAGCCGCAACAAGCGGCCCACCUUCCUGAAAAUCAAGAAGCCACUGUCAUACCGCAAGCCCAUGGAUACAGACCUGGUGUACAUCGAGAAGUCGCCCAACUACUGCGAGGAGGACCCAGUGACAGGCAGUGUGGGCACACAGGGCCGUGCCUGUAACAAGACAGCGCCACAGGCCAGUGGCUGUGACCUCAUGUGCUGCGGCCGAGGCUACAACACUCACCAGUAUGCCCGUGUGUGGCAGUGCAACUGUAAGUUCCACUGGUGCUGCUAUGUCAAGUGCAACACGUGCAGCGAGCGCACCGAGAUGUACACGUGCAAGUGAGUCUGCCGUAGGUCUGCACGCUGCCCUUGGCUGCAGGGGGACUGAGUUCUCGGGGACCGCCCAGCUCCAGGCUGCAGUCUCCCCAGGAGGUCACUGCCUCUCUCUUGCCCGCAGAAUGCCGAGUGUGUUUUUUCUGCUGAGAAGGGGCUCUGCCCCUGGGUUUCCUGCUGACACCCCUGGAGAAAAUCGCUCAGAGAUCUCCACUGUUCUGUUUCACUUCCAAUGCUGCUCUACCCUCCCCCAGAUGCCGCCCAGGCCCAAUCCACGGCUGAAGCAUGAAGCCUUUUGCAGCAGGAACUUUGGAGCCUCAGGCCUCAUCAUAGCAAUAUUUAACAGUUUACUCUGAUGAAAAUAAUAUUAAUUUAUUUAAUUAAAAAAUUCUUCCACCUCGUCGGAUCCGUUUUCUGCAAUCAAAGUGGACUGCUUGCUUUCCUGGCAAGAUGACCGUGUCGCUGGGACUAGGAGCCUGGUGGAACUACACAGAGCAGCUGCAACUGGCUGCUUUGGCAGGUGCUUCCUUUGCACCACCGGGUGCUUAGGGCCGAGCGCAGACAUCCUGUAUAUGCAGGCAGAUCCACACACGUUUCUAUUGUUUUGCUGUUUGCUGCUACUUAUCCAGAAUUUUAAGUUGGUCCAGAUUUGGAGGUUUUUGUUUUGUUUUGUUUUCUCUGAACAUGUUCCCCAUCCUUCUGCCCUCCCUGGUUUAGACUUCAGCAUUAGAAAAAUCCAGUUUGGAAUAGAGUGAAUGAGUGAGGUGGGAAUGAUAGACUAGCAGUGUCCAUCUUUCUGGAAAGCGAGCCACUGGAUAAGAGAAUAUUUUGUAAGAGGCUAUUUUUAUAUGAAUACUUUAUUUAUACUGAGUCUGCCUGUGUCACUGCAUAGCCUGUGCCUCUUCUUGAUGCUGGGCCUCACUUUAAGGCAAGAAAGUACGAGGCUUGGGGGUGAGAUCAGGCCCUCUAGGAUGCCUCUCACAACUGGAUCCUCCAGUUCUGUUUGCCAAGGAGGCUCCAAGAGCUCCCAGGGACCUGAGGCUAAGCCCUCAUUAGGGUUAACUGAAUGGGAACUCAAAUUCUCUGCCUUGGCCAGUGCUGGCCUCUGUUUGGGUCAGGAUCACUGCAUCGUAGCCCCAGGAGGAGCGACCAUAGUGAGUCGU